CUGCUGCCUAGCGCACACUCACUGUUCAAGGCGACUCUAAGACUUAUAAUACUGAAACUUGAAGUCGACCAUCAGGCUAUUCGCAAGAUGUUUUCCCCUACAGAUAGCUCCGCGCCACUUUCCAUUCUCCCUCAGAACAUAGAGAUUCCAUCCCUCAGUUCAGUAGCGCGCAACACGACCUUCAACUACUUCGGCCUAGUCUCAUCCCCCCUCAUCUCCCGCGCCGCACACUUCGUCUUUGUAGAAGCAGACGCCACCGACGAGGCAUCACUCGCCACUGCAUUGCAGGCCUUCCUGGACGCCUCGCACGCCGACUGCCCAGGCACCGCCGACGAAAAAUCCUGCUGCUGGUUCACAAUCCGACUAUCGAAACCGCACAGCGGCUUCGAUAUUCCCCGCUGGCACCAGGACGGCCGUAUGUACGCGUAUGACGAGGGGCGCGAGGCAGUGGCGAGGAGUAAAUACGCGCUUACGCUGCUGGGACCGCCCACGCUGAUGCUUCCCGUGGAAGAUGAGGUGUUUGCGAUAAUGGCACAAGGCGAGAAAGAGUGUCUUUGGUGGCAGGGGAAAGAGGAGGUUGAGAGUACGGAGGAGGAACAAGACCGAGCGUAUGAGGCGUUGCGUGUAUGGCUGGCUGAGAGACUCAAGGAUGUAAAGUCGGUGGUCGUUGGGAAGGGGCAGGUGGUGAGGUUUAGUUGGGGGAGAGAAGAUAGCCCGGUGCAUUCUGAGCCGAGGAUGGGAACGGACAGGGUGUUUAUGACGGUGAUGUUCGGCAGUGAAAGGGAGCUGAGGAGCAUGUGUGAGAUGAGAGGAGCAAAGUUUGGUGAGUUUGAAGACGUGUAGGAAGGAAUGAUCCAAAGUUUAGCAUCGCGCCCGCUGCUGUUGGUUUAAUGAAGGGAAAAAUUCUGAAGCCCAGUAAGUUAGAUACGAACCAUUAAAUCAAUUUGCA